AUGAUGUGGACGCGCCAAGAGAGUCGGCAUGUUCUCUAUGCCUCUCCGGCUGCAUUAGCUGACCAUGCCGUUCUCCAUGCAAUACACCAACUUCCCAACCGCGAUGCCAUCGAUGCCAUCGAUGCCAUCAAUGUUCUGUUGCAUUCGCUCCCUGUGUGGAGCUCUCGCGCUCUCUACACCAAGCUGAUGAAGGGUGACAGAAUACGCCAAGACCAGUGGUACGACCGCUCUUGGCAAGACAACAGGGAUUGGGACAGCCGAGCCCGAUCUACGCAGCCAACGUCCUCUACGGAGACGAGAGGCUGGAACCGUCGUUCCCGAGCGUCCUCUGCCGCCACCUGGCAGGAAGAGGCAGCCCGGUCAAAUCGAACUCUAAGGAGAGAUAGCCGAUUCACUCAAGACAGGAAUCGUCGUGGACAUCGAUCCGUUGCAGCGACCCAGCGCCGGAUCGAUCGAGGACAAGAACGCCGAAGACAGGCAGAGCUAGCAGCCCAACAGGCGCAAGCAGCGACUCAGACAGAGCCGCAACAAGGAGACACCGCUCCUCCCGAGCCAAGUAGGCCCCCACGGGUGUCCACUAGCGAGAGGAGAGCGCGGUCAGCCCCGCCCCCAGGCCAAGCAGCCUUAGAGGCGAACGAAGAGGCUGAAGUAAGCCUGGUCCCUCGGAAGGAUCGCAGGCGAAGAGACAGGGCCGAGACGAAGGCCAAGUCACAAGAGCCCAUUCCAGAAGAAGAAUUGGAAGAAGUUCUAGAGGAGGAGCUACCACCCGGCGCCCCAGAAGAGAUCGCAGCCGCGGCAGCUGACGCGCCAGCAGAAGAAUCUGGCAACGAGACGGAAGUUGAGUGGGGAGAUUCGCCCUCGAGCUACAGCAGCUACGAGGUGUGCGAGAUCCCUGACCUGGAAACCGCCAGGAAGCGGUAUCCUUCCUUGGAUGUGUCCACCAACUUGACACCGUGGCUUGUGCGCCACGCGGCAUGGCUGAUAGCACGUUUCCAUGUGAGAGGAAAAGAUGGGCUCACGCCCUAUCGCCUGACAACUGGCAGCGACUACUCGCACCCAGUCGCCAUGCUAGGCGAAGUAGUUCUUGGUAAAGUACCGACCCCGAGGGGCAAGAUGCAGCGAAGGUGCAUCAAAGGCAUAUGGCUAGGUAAGCUGGACAGAGACGACAGCAAUGUGCUCGGCACGUCGUCUGGGGCAAUCGCCGUGAGAUCGGUGAGAAGACUGCCAAAGGAAUCGCAGAUCAGUCAAGAGCUGAUGAACAACAUGAAAGGAAUUCCUUGGCAACCCCGCGACGGGAUGAGGCACAAGAUCAACAGAGAGCUGUCACAGCCAGUGGCACUCCCAGCGCCAGCCGCAGCGGGUCCCACCGCGCUGGCAUCAGAACCCCCAGAGGAAGAACAUCCGACACUGGCAGAAGAUGGUCAAAACGUUGACCAGGAUGGGUUAGUCGUGCAAGCCGCAGCCCAGCUGGAAGACCUACUUGGCGACCAAGCCGAGGACUUCCCAGCGGGUAUCCCCGCGGACGACGACGACGCGCUUAGCUGCGUGCCCACCACGCCAGCAAGAUCUGAAGCUGCAGAUCCUCCGCCGGCAGCAAGGCCGAGCGGGCAGCCUCCGCCCUUCCGAGGUGCGGGAUGGUCAUCGUCGCUUCAGAGCCUCCCGGACGAACCGAUGAGUCCGAGCGGACUUGGUCAAGGAGGGAAGCGAGUAAGGGAUGAUCAGGCAGCGCUUGCACCCGGACAAGCUGAAGCCAAGCAGUCCAGGCAAGCAGGUGUCUUGCAGCAUUUAACAAAUCACGAGAUCUGGUCCCAUAUCCAAGAAUGGGCCAACUCCGAAGACAAGAGCAAUCCAAUGGCUUUGCAAAGGAUAGCCAAUGUGACGGAUUUCGUCGACCAAUUGCUCGACCCAGAGGAGGUCACCAAAGCGCGAAAAGUCCAACUUCAAAAGCUUUGGGAGCGAGGUGCCUUCACACCCGUGCACCGCCAAGAAAUCCCAAAAGGUUCACAAAUCUUCUCACACAAAUGGGUUGACAAGUGUUCCAAAGGAGCAUACAAGUCGCGUUUCACAUGCGCUGACGUCAAGGCUCGCUACACAGCAGCCGAGGAGGAGGGAUUGGACGUGUUCGUUCCAACUCCUACCCCAGAAGCGCACAAUCUUCUGGAGGUCUAUGCUCUGACAAAGGGUUACUACGCCCGAAGUCUGGACAUCGUCGCAGCCUUCUUGAUUGGAGCUGACCGAGGAGCCAGCGAAGGGAAGCAUGUCUACAUGCGUGCACCAGUUGAAUGGCACGACAUCUUCCUUGAGUGGCUAGAAACUCUCAGCCCCGAAUUGAAGGAUUGGUACAAGGAAUCGUUCAAAGAACUUUUCUUCAGGUUGGAUGGAAACCUAUACGGCAGAAGGACAGCCGGAUCCGUCUACAGAAAUGAGCUGGAGGAAAUCCUCUGCUCAAAGGUUGAUCCACAGCGGUAUUCUUUCUCUCGUGGUGAGAAGGAUCCAUGUGUCUUCCGUUGUGACAAGUCAGGGAUCAUCCUGAUUCACCACAUAGACGACAUCCGUAUGGCUGGACCAAAAGAGGCUGUCAACCACCUGGUUGAAGUCGAAAUGCCGAAACACUGUGAGGUCCAAGCAGGAGAGCUCGAAAGCGAAGGAACAGCUGUUGAGUACCUGGGUCGCACCAAGGUACGAACCAAAGAUGCUAUCAUCACGAUACCAGAUGAGAAGCACAUCAAAGCUGUCAUCGCUGCUGCGGGAAUCUCCGCCAGAGACCGCAGUGAGGUUCCUUCCAAACAACUGAACCUCUUAGAAACGGAGCCUCUUGGCGAGGCAGAUGCCAAGCUGUAUCGCUCGGCAGUAGGAUCAGCGAUCUACCUGUCGCUGGACAGGAGGGAGAUCCAGUACGCGGUGAAAGAAGCAGCGCGACACAUGUCGCAACCGCGAAAAUGUGACAUGCAAGCCGUCAAGACCCUUGCGGCAUACUUGCAGUCGCACCCACAUGUUGGCCGAGUCACAACCUGUGAUCCCAACUGUAGCUCAGAGUGGCCAUGCGAAUUGUAUAGCGAUUCGGAUUGGGCCGGAUGCCUAGAAACACGGCGAAGCACCGACUGUUACAUAGCAGCUGUGUGUGGUGCAAUCGUCGCAUGUGGCACACAGACCCAACCGGGCCUACCAGCGACAAGUUCGCCGGACGCAGAGCUCAGGGGAGUUUCGAGGGCAGCUCGGGAAGCCAUCUUCCUCAAGGAGCUGAUCACCCGAGAUUUUGGCCAGCAGUGCGGUAAGCCCCGCCUAUGGACGGACAGUUCAUCGGCAAUGCAAGCUUCCAAGCGCAUUGGACCAGGUUCCAAGCUCAGACACCUAGAAGUCUGUGAGUUCUAUGUGCAAGGAGCUUUGCAGUCCAAGCAGAUAGCUUUGGGCAAGGUCAAGGGCACCGUGAAUUGUGCCAACUUCCUCACCAAACACCCAAAGAGUGGAACGGAAGUAAGGCAAGCAAUGCCUGGUUUAGGCAUGUAUGAAGCUCGUGACGGAGAAGAUAUGCUCUCUUCGAGCAAGAAGAUCUCUGUCAAGGUCUCAACCGUGACCAAGCAGCAUGCGUGGAAGACUCCUACGCCAGCUUGUGUUGGUUGGAUCAAAGACCAAGAUCGAGCGGGAAGAACCGCCACGGCCUAUCGGCAAAAUGGACAACUGGUCGGGUGCAUCAAGGCACUUGUUGUCCUGAGCCAAGUUCAGGCUGUGGCAGGGCAGCCAACAUACUGCCUGUCCCCAUACGAAUGGUAUGCAUUGUUUUUCUUGGCCGCAAUCGGCACGUGUGUGCUGAUAUGGAAACUGGCAGAACAGUUCAUCGCUUGUUGUGUGGACUGGUUAUGUCCAAUCGAGCCAGUAGCACAAGAAACAGGCCAUGAGGUGCAAUUGCACAUCCAAGAUCAGCAGAUCACCUUGCGACUCAGGGUGACUGCCAUCAGAAACAAUCAGCAGCUAACGCUGACCAAUCCAGCGCCAGCGGCAACCCCGCGGUCAGAGCCGGCGGCAAACCCGCGGACACCAGCGGUAGCCCCGCGGUCUCCUGAGGAACUUACCCCUCGAGGGAUCGAGAGGUGGCAUGAGGAACGUUGGGUCCAAGAAGCCGCAGAGGCCAGAAUGACCAUGCAGGAGUUGAUCGACUGGCGCAACCAAGAAGAGUCUCUCCUACGAGGAGAGCAUCCCGGCGGCAUGUCGGACCCCCAGGACUCUGAGUCAAGUGAGUCCGAGGCGGCACCAGCCAGCGCGGGCAGCACCGCUGAACAUCGGGCAGCUCCGCCUGAGCGGGCAGACCCGCCGACCCGGGAACCGGAAAGCGAAGCCGAUGCAGCCAGCAUCGAGCGGAGCGACCCGUUCGCCCAUAUGUCUCCGGCAGAAUUCGAAGAAUGGAGACGGGCUGAAGACCGGUUCCUGGGGAUGUAG